AUGGACAGUGGAAGCUAGUGGGACAGGGUUGGGAGUGAAUACGGUUGGUUGGUGGGGGCGGGGAUAGAUCAUUAUACAAAAAGAACAGUUGUUGGCAUUGGGGACGCCUCACCUAGGUGGGGUAGCCAGUCGUAAGGUUGGAGGGAAAGCGAUUGACAUCGUCAAGAGACAUUUAGCUGGAUCUGCCAUAAGCAGCCCCCCAUGCAGCUAGCCUGGGGUCUCCCGUAAUUUUGGAAGACUCUAUGCCCAUGUCUGUCUGAAUGAAACUGGUUGGGAAGGUAACAGACACAAUGACAUAGGCUUGUUCUCCUAAGAAGUUGUCUGCCUGGCCAUCUCGGCUUUCUAGAACUGCCCUGGUCCUGAAUGUGCAUCAGGGAGAUGGUUAAACAUACAGGUUUACAAACACCACGCCAGGGGAAACCUGUGGUGGGGCCGGGCCAGGACUCGUAGUGAUGAUCUCUGUCCACAAUCACCUCCUUGCCAGGUGAUUCUGAUACAGCUGGUCUAACACCCAGCCGGCUUUAGGAACCACCACUUAACUGAGGGAGGAGUUGUGAAGUGAGUGAAAACGGAAACGGGGCAGGGAAGUGAGCAAAAAACGGAAACUCUGGGCAGCACACGGGGUGUCACAAAGUGUGCUUUUAGAGGCUAGAGCUCAGAGAAAUGGAGUUUGAAACGUUUCUGAUGUUUGUUUUAUCCCGGCUUGACUUGGAAGUUUCCAGUGAUGGGUGUGUCACUACCUAUCAACUCAACCCAAUGAUUUCAAGACAGCCCUGUAGAAAGUGCUGCUUUCCACCUGGGCCAGUUUCUGCCUCCCUGUAAUGUGUUCUCAGUGGUCUGGUCCAGGCAUCUGGAGACGCGCACAGGCCUCGCUCUCCUCGGGACGCUCGGGGCAGCGCUGUGCGUCUUCCUGCCGGCUGGGCUUGACCCGGAACAGCCGUGGCACCUGUGGCCUCUCGGCCCCUGGUGCCCUUGAGCCCCCGCUCUCUCGGCUCCUACCACCUUCUCUCCGAAGCUGUGUCCGCAGAAGUCCCCGACAUGCGAAGAAGCUCGGAGAGGGCCGCUCGACGGAGCCCCAGUCCCGACAAGGAAGCCUUGCUCUCAAGGCAGAACCUUUCGGACAGAUUGCUGCAGGUCCAAGAGAAGGGAGAUCUGGAGCCGCAGAGAGGACAGAAGGACCCCCAGCAGCGGAAGACCCAGCUACUCCAGCGCUUGGUCGAGGAGCUGAAGGCAGAGUGGCCAGAGGCCUUGGACCAGCAAAUUCGAGGCCUGGGGCAGCUGUACCUAGCGCAUCUGUUGGGCUCGGGGGGCGAACGGGCCGAGGACCAUGAACCCAACUCAGAGGGCUCGGCCCAGCGAGGAGCAGCCAGGUUGCCCAGGGCCAAGGGGAAGCACAGAGUGGCCGUGCGGGAAGAGAAGGGACGCAAGGAGGAGCUGGUCCGACGGCAGCCAUGGUGCGCCACGUCCCGGAGGAGGGCAGUGGACCGAGAGAGGCAGGGGGCCUCCAGAGCCACGGGCCCGUGUCCCCCUUCCCUGAGCCCCCCGGAGAGGAGUAAAGGAAAACGAGCGCCUUCCACAAAGACCGGUGGGGGCUGCCGUCACGGGACAGACGUGGAGAAGCUCUUGGCUGCCACAGAGGGGAUCAAGCGCCUGGAGGAACGGGAGAGUGACGCAGCCCGGGAGGGUAGGAGGCAGCUGGGGAAGCGGCCAGCUCGUCGUCAAGGCCCGAAAAACAACUGUCUGGAUCAGAACCCCGAAGGCAAAGCCGACCACCUGGAACAGCUGUGUCCAGUCGGCUCGACCCACAGAAGGGGGGCCUCGCCGCCCGCGAAGCUCGGGAACAAGAGCAGGUGGCAGAGAGAGCUGGAAUUUGCCUUCGAAGAGUUGUUUAAUACCAACAGGAAGCUGAAAAAACACCUGAACUUGCAGCUGGAUCUCAAGCCCGGGCUGGAUCAGAGCCCUGGUGAAGAUCAGGACUUCAGGGAGGAGACGCAUGCAUGGAGAAGGGAGAGCCAGAGAGACAAGGCGGAAAGAGAUGCAGAGAUUCACGUGGUGCCCGCCGGGGAGCCCGCAAGUUCAGCGGGGAUGGAAGCCCACCUGGUGUCGUCCAGAACCAGCUUGCAAAAGUUUCUAAGCAAGCUCGAGAACCAGAAAUACCAUAGGAUGGCCAAGGGCGUGGUUAAGAGCGACAAUACACUUUGGUCUCCCGAGGCAGGAACCUCUCUGGAUGAAAAGGACCGGCUCUCGUGCAGCCCUGGUUCCGGAUGGGAGCCGCCCCAACUGGAUGUGCUGGUGCAGGGCUCCCUUCAGCUUCACCCGCAAGAACAGGCAGACAGGGUUGGCUUGAUGGCAUCAAUGCAGAAGCAGAAAAUGCAGGUGGAGCAAAGAAGACUGAAGCAGCUGGACUUGCUUGAGCAAGUCGAACACCCCAAGGUGAGCUUGGAGGCCGAUCUCCAGACGGAGCUGAAAGAUGGGAGGAGGGAACAGAGGCAAGCUCGUCUGGCUCAUCCGAAGCCUGACUCCCCUCCAGACCCGGAGAAGGAAGGCGGGUAUGACCGCAGCCCCACUUCCCCCUCGGCUGCCAUCGUCGACGAUGACAGGCAUAGUCAGAUGAUCCGUGACAUUCAACAGCAGAUUCUAGAGCAAAACAAGUUGCACAAGCAGUUUCUUAAAGAAGCCAGGAAACACUUGCUGGAGUUUCAGAAAAUAUGUUAAAAGUGAGAGUCCCACCCAUGGUAAAUACAUCACUGAUAACUGGGCAUUCUGCCGGAACUGGUACCCAAGUCUGUGCGAUUGUAUUUGCGUCAUCUGCUCAGAAACCCGUAGCCUCUUUAAAAUGGGCCAUCAGUCAUCCUCCUGUGCUUUUGGCGCAAGUUCCUCUGCAGAAAUCCUACUCACUCCCAAACUUGCCUUUAAAAACUAAGUCCUAUUCGGAAAGAAUCCUUAGCACGAAAAUAAGAUCCCGUGUAGGGCGCGGUACGUGGUUCUGGCCAGUGUUAGCCCAGAGGUGUGUCCUGGAGCUGAGGCUGUUUUCAUGUACUGCGAGCACAGAUGGAAACGCCAGGUACAUUUAAGUGCUUCAGAUGUUUUAGUCAAAUAAACACUGGACUUUGAGGGGCAUCCAAGGUCAGACGGGCGCAGUUUCAAAAGAUACAUCAUUGGUUGCUUAGCCAGUGGCUGAGACGUUCAUGGAGAGGUUUCACGAAAAUCUUUCAGUCUUUUCAAAGCAACGUCAUUUCAUAGGACAUCACUUGGUAACAUUCUUGUAAAUUUAAUAUUAGA